UUUCCGGAACAUGCAAGAAACAGUGCAGGACAUGCGGGGAAGUAACACAUUUGAAUCACGAGGUCGGGAACUGUUCACUUCGCGAGGACAUAUGCCAGUGUUGCCCAUGCCCCGGGACACACACCGGAAAACUGCAGACUCCUCUGCAGACCUUGCUGGAUGGAGGUAGGCCUAGCAGGGGCCAAGGGACGGGGGGACCUGGGAGGUAUCCCAUGGGCAACAAGCUGCCCUAUCCAUUGCCCGUUAUGCGGGAUCCCCCGUCAAACUCAAGGCCACUCCCCAGCCAUAUGCGAUGAGCGUGUCGUCUGUCAGGACUGCAAGUACGACACUGGUGACUUCAGGGCCGCAUUCCACUUCACCCAGGACUGCCCGAAGCACCUAUGCGCCGCAGAGACGUGCAGCACAGUACCGGCUGAGCCAUGCACCCGUCACUGCCGGGACUGUGGGUCUCCCGUGGUCGACAUCGAAGAGCUGGAUGAGCCGCACCAGUGCCAGUGGACCAAGCUGGAGAAGUGCCAGGCCGGCAUCAAGGACGGACGGCCCGCGUUUGUUUACCGCUUUACCAUCACCUGCAAGAGAAACCCAGCCCACGAGAAGAGGAUAGUGCGGAGCCUCGCGAAAGUGCGGGAGAAGGGGUGGCUACGUCUUCUGGAUGAUAUGGUGUCCUGCUGGCCAGACCCUGACGAGGACAGGGAUCCGCGAAAGAAGCGGCCCAUCGUCGAAUGCGCGGAAUGCUGCGCCGAAAUGUACGAAAGGGGAGACUACAAGGAGCAAAAUUCCGGGAGGUCCCGCUUUGGGAGGCCCAGCGAGUACGUCAAGGGAACGACCGUGUAAAGGUCGAACUUAGCUGAAAGUGUGGCCUUGAUGGGUGAUCUGACGGAGGUGCGGACACGGGACGACGUUCGAGGAUGGGCCAUGGAAAAAACCUUACCUCGGUCUUA